GGAAUUAUUACCUAAAAUAAAAAUCAAACCAAACGAAAUGGCAAAACCACUUGAAUUUACGAUAUUAGCAACCCACAAUUUUGCGAGGUACUUAAUGAAUUGAAAACUUAAAGAGCUUCGAUAAUGAGACUUCCACAUGGAGAAGUGAAGACUCCAGUUUAUAUGCCAGUAGGUACAAAAGGGGCAAUGAAAGGUGUAACAUAUUAAGAAAUGGAUGAUAUGGGAUGUAAAUUAUUGUUAGCAAAUACUUAUCAUUUGGCCUAUAAACCUAGUGGUGAUUUAUUAGAAAAGAUAGGAGGCUUACAUAAAUUUAUAAAUUGGAAAAAUAACAUUUUAACAGAUAGUGGUGGAUUUUAAAUGGUUUCAUUGUCUUAAUUAAGUGAAGUCACUGAAGAUGGAGUCACAUUUGAAUCUCCUUAUGAUAAAUCUACAAUGCAUUUACGACCAGAGGAUUCAAUACACACUUAAAAUUAAAUAGGUGCUGAUAUAAUUAUGGCUCUGGAUGAUGUUGUUAGAACUACAACUGUGAGGCCUCGUAUGAAAGAAGCAAGUGAAAGAACUACAAGAUGGUUAGAUAGAGAUAUUGCAGCCCAUAGAAGAAAAAAUGAUUAAAAUUUAUUCCCUAUUGUACAAGGAGGAGUAGAUCCAAAUUUAAGAGAAUAAUCAUUAAAUGAUCUUAUUUAGAGAGAGGCUAAUGGAUAUGCAAUUGGAGGUUUGGCUGGAGGAGAAGAUAAAGUAAAUAUUUCCAUAUAUUUAUUUUAGUUUGAUUUUUGGAAAACUGUAGCAUAAUGUACUGCUAAAUUACCAAAUGAUAAACCAAGAUAUUUAAUGGGUGUUGGAUAUCCAGUUGAUGUUGUAGUAUGUUCAUGUUUGGGAGUAGAUAUGUUUGAUUGUGUUUUCUCUACUAGAACUGCUAGAUUUGGAACUGCUUUUACAGAUUAUGGAUUUCUUAAAAUUAAAAACCAUUAGGCAGCUAAUAUAUUUUAACCUAUUUAAGAUAAAUGCUAAUGUUAGGCUUGCAAAUCCUAUACAUAAUCAUAUUUACAUUAUUUGAUAGCAAAAGAGGAAGUUGCCUGUCAUCUUAUAUCUAUCCAUAAUUUGAAUUAUUUAAUUUAAUUAAUGCUCAAUUUACAUCAAUCUAUUAUAAAUGGUAAAUUGAUCGAAUUUGUAAAUGAAUUUCUUAGAAAAUGGUAUAAAAAAGAAGGUUAAAUACCUCAAUGGAUUAUUGAAGCUUUAGAUCAUGCUAAAAUACCAGUGUAAUAAAUUUGA